UGUUACUCUAAGAGAUGAGACAUGAACUAACUUAACUUUUAUUUACAAAAGUUUACAAAUAAACUUUUUAACGUUCAUGAUGAGCGAAGAUUUAAUUCAACACGAAAAGUCUAAAAAGCGACCUUGCAGAGCCUGUACUGACUUCAAAUCUUGGAUGAAACAAAAAAAUGUCAAUAAAAAGAUGAAAGAAGAGCAAGAAAAUGUUGUUACCAGCACAGUGGAAGAUUCUUCCUCAAUAUCUGCAGAAAUUGAGUGUCCACUAGAUUUGACAGAACUGGGUCGUGGAACGUGGGGUUUUCUUCACACAAUGGCUGCAUAUUACCCUGAGAAACCAACUGUUGAAGAACAAAAAAACAUGAGUCAAUUCUUUAAAACAUUUUCUCGUGUUUUUCCUUGCAAUGAUUGUGCCCAAGAUUUGCGAGAAAGGUUGCACAAAAGUCCACCUGUGACUUCAAGCAGACUGGAGUUGUCUCAAUGGCUGUGUCAGAUACAUAACGAGAUCAACAAGAAGUUAGGAAAGGAUGUAUUUGAUUGCUCUAGAGUUGACGAGCGUUGGAGAGACGGUUGGAAAGAUGGCUCGUGCGAUUGAAACAAUUUUUAUUGCAAAAGGGAUUGAAAGAAUAUCUAAUUGAAAUCGAAGGGAGGAAUAUCUGGGUGGGUAAAAAUAAAUAAGAACUAUUUAUUUUUACAGAUUUUGAAGUGCUGGCGGAGAAAACUCAGUAAGAAAAUGUAUCUCGAAUAAGUUUUCUCAUCGUAGUACCAACCGAAGAUGAAAUAUCGUUGGAUGUUUGACAGUUAAUCUUAAACAAAUACGGUUGUAUGCUUGUAUACUUCGUGUCAAAAACAUUUCCUAACUCCGA